CCUCGAUGAGCAAAUCAACCCUCCAACACCCUAUUCAUUACGCAAUCAAUUUCCAAUUCAAUUUUUUCCGUUGAAAUCUGGGGACAACCUCUCCACAGAAGUUAAGAUGGGAAGGAGAAAGAGAGGUACACACCUCUCCGACUUGAAUCAGUUCAGUGCUCGUUCAUGGCUUCUUCAAUCUUCUCCAUGUUUCGCUCCGUUUUUGUUCUUCUCCUUGCGUCUUUGAUUUCUCUUGUUUUCCACCGAUUCAUAGGUUUGAAGUCGGGAAAUAUGGUGAUGGCGAUUGAAGAUGUGGAUUCUAUGGCUCUUUUACCGUUUGGAUCGGCUUCUCGCAUUGGCAGCUUCUUUCGACUUCCUCAAUGUGGCGGCCCUCGCCGGACAGGAUUGAAGUCGAGUAAUAUGCGAUGGCGAUGGCGAUGGCGAUUAAAGAUGAGGAUUACACGGCUCUUUUACCGUUUGGACUUACGUCGGAUAUCAUCGGCUGCUUCAUUCCUGAUGUCGUGUCUCUCUCCCUACUGUUGAAGAGAACUCACCUGCUUCCUACAUCAAUGCCCACAACGCUGCUCGUGCCCAAGUUGGUGUUGGUCCUAUCAAAUGGGAUGAGAAGCUGGCAAACUACGCCCAACAACAUGUCAAUGAACGCAUCAAUGACUGCAAAUUGGUGCACUCCGGUGGGGCUUAUGGGGAGAAUCUUUGCAUGGGGAAUGCCCGACUUGACAGCCACCAACGCAGUCAAGCUAUGGGUGGAUGAAAAGCAAUUCAAUAACUACGCCACCAAUUCAUGUGAUUCUGGUAGCGUGUGUACCCAUUAUACACAAGUGGUAUGGAGGAACUCGAUAAGAAUUGGACGUACAAGAGUAGAAUGCAACAAUGCCUGCGGUGUGCUCAUCACAUGUAACUAUAACCUGCAUGGCAAUGUUGUUGGUCAAAGACCAUAUUGAAUGAUAUUAUAAAAAAAAAAUGAAACGUUAAUCUUGGUUGAGAAAUAA